AUGGCCUCCAGCAGUGAGCGCUUGGGUGCUUUCCUGGGUAGAACUGUUAAAGUCACCCUGAAAUGCGGCGUCUUCCAGGGGGUGCUGCAGCAUGUGAACCCCGAUCGGAGCCUUCUCCUGCGGACAGUGAGGAACUUGGAAACUGGCAGAAGCACUCCAGGAGUAAAGAUGUUCUUUAGCCAUGAAAUAGUCAAUGUGGAAUUGCUGGAUGAACCAGAUUCAGGGAAGGAAACAGCAAUGCUCUCCAAGUGGACUUCAGCUGUUAAAGGGAGCAAACGAGCAGACACAGGACCAGCAGAUUGUCGCCCAUGUAGCUCUCCUUGCGUUUCCUUUGAGAGCCAGCUCAGAGCCUCAAAUAGCUUAAAAUACUUCCUUUCAGAGAAGAAGGAAGAAGACAAUGUGGAGUACACAGUUAUUGAUUCUUUGCAGCAGAAAUUUGGCCCAGCAGUGCUGCACCUAAAACAGCAAUGUGUUGUCAGUAUAGCAGGAGAAGGUGUUAAUUUGUGUCGUCAUGGAAGACUCUCAUGGCUUGAGAUAGCAACAAAGAGCCGUAUUUUUCUAUUUGAUAUUUUCCUUCUGGGACCUCGGGCUUUCAAAAAUGGAUUACAAAUGGUGCUGGAAGAUAAAAACAUCCUGAAGGUCAUGCAUGACUGCCGCUGGAUCUCAGACUGCCUCUUUCACCAGUAUGGUGUCAUUCUCUUCAAUGUCUUUGACACACAGGUUGCUGAUGCUCUGCAGUUCUCAGUGGCCACAGGUGGCUUCCUUCCGCACCGUGUCUGCACAUUACAGGAGUGUUUGAUGCAGCACUUGAACGUACCUUCCAAAUGGGAUGCUAUUGUGAAGUGCCAGCAGCAGAUGGCUUCG